UGAAUUCUGACGCUUUCCUCACUUCCUCCACCCGACUAGGGUUUGGCUGCUUGGUACAUUUCAGCAAGCGGGCAGCCAUCUUGGAUCCACCAGUCAAGCAAGCAAAAACAUUACUUUGGAGAUGUGAAGUUGUACCACCAGCUGGCUUCUGGAGUACCAUCGCCCUUGAAAACGGGGCGGCGUACAGCGGGAGAUAUAUUCAAACUGGAGGCCACGCAGACAAACCAGCGGCGCAAUCUGAGGGACCGGUUAAACAUGACCCCCUCCCCUCCCCUCCCCUUCCCUUUUUCCUCGUCUGAAAGCUGUGCAGUUGUCUAGGGCCUUGUAGCAAACGGACCAGCAAGUGUUUGAUCAGUUCAAUUCUUGUAGCUAAUCAGUUCACUAUAACUUAGCUUAGGGCUUGUGCUUUUGAAGCCGGGAAACAUCGUGACGUUAACCAAAACACAGGGCUAUGUUGUGUUUUCGGUUAACUUUGAUAGAAAAGAAUUGUCUUUUUAGAAAUCUGUUCCGCGGGUUUGUGGGAUAUUCUGAGGAAUAAUGUGGGUAGUUAUUUUAUUAAAUUAGCUGGCGAAGUUAGCUAGUCUAGCUAGCCUUGCUUCAACUUCACUGUGGAUUGUUGUUGAGAGUAUUCAUCGAAUCCAUGGUCUUCAGCGAGCAGGGAACAUCAUCUCUCCCCUACGACUAAGGACGGUGCUGCAAAAUAAUAUACGACCAAAACCACUCCAGAGAACCUAGCUAACUUGGCUGUUAGUUAGCGACGCUGGUGAAAAAUGUCAACUCGAACACCACUACCUACAGUCAAUGAGCGUGACACUGAAAAUCACACCUCGCCGAGCGAUGGCCGCCCGGAGGUCACGGCCCGACAGGGCCGCUCGGGCGCCGGCUGCCGGAACUCCAUCGCCUCCUGCUCCGACGAGCAGCCGCACGUCGGGAACUACCGGCUGCUCAAGACCAUCGGCAAGGGAAAUUUCGCCAAGGUCAAGCUGGCGCGACACAUCCUGACGGGCAGAGAGGUGGCAAUAAAAAUCAUUGACAAGACGCAGCUGAAUCCUACUAGUCUUCAGAAGCUUUUCAGGGAAGUCCGAAUAAUGAAGAUUUUAAACCAUCCAAAUAUUGUAAAGCUGUUUGAAGUCAUCGAGACUGAGAAGACUCUUUACCUGGUGAUGGAGUACGCCAGCGGUGGGGAGGUCUUCGACUACCUCGUGGCCCACGGACGGAUGAAGGAAAAGGAGGCCAGGGCUAAAUUUAGACAGAUUGUGUCUGCAGUGCAGUACUGUCACCAAAAGCACAUAGUGCACAGAGACCUAAAGGCGGAGAACCUUCUCCUGGACGCGGACAUGAACAUCAAGAUCGCCGACUUUGGGUUCAGCAACGAGUUCACGCUGGGCAGCAAGCUGGACACGUUCUGCGGGAGCCCCCCCUAUGCCGCCCCGGAGCUCUUCCAGGGGAAGAAGUACAACGGGCCCGAGGUGGACGUGUGGAGCCUGGGCGUCAUCCUCUACACGCUGGUCAGCGGCUCCCUGCCCUUCGACGGACAGAACCUCAAGGAACUGCGUGAGCGGGUGCUGAGGGGUAAAUACAGGAUCCCUUUCUACAUGUCCACUGACUGUGAGAACCUCCUCAAGCGCUUCCUGGUGCUGAAUCCCACCAAGCGGGGAACGCUGGAGCAAAUCAUGAAGGACCGCUGGAUAAAUGCAGGCUGUGAGGAGGAGGAGCUCAGGCCUUUCAUAGAGCCGGAGCUGGAUAUCACAGACCAGAAGAGGAUAGAUAUCAUGGUGGGGCUGGGCUACUCCAGAGAGAACAUUCAGGAGUCGCUGGCGCGGAUGAAGUACAAUGAGAUCACGGCCACCUACCUGCUACUGGGCAGGAAGUCUUCCGAGCUGGAGGCCAGUGACACCAGCUCUAGCAGUAACCUGUCGUCGGCCAAGGCCCGGCCCAGCAGCGAACUCAACAACGGCCAGUCUCCCUCCCACGUCAAGGUCCAGAGGAGCGUCUCAUCCAGCCAGAAACAGAGACGCUACAGUGACCAGGUUGGACCGUCCAUUCCCUCAGGGACCGGUUACCCCAAGAGGAGCCAAACCAGCGCGGCCGACAAUGACCUCAAGGAGGACGGUGUAGCUCAGCCACGCAAGUCCAGUACAUCAGGGGGCAGCCCCAUACUGGGCAACGCCAACAACCCCAACAAGGCCGACAUUCCUGACCGCAAGAAGGGCUCCUCCACACUCGGCAGUAACACCGGGGGCAUGUCGAGAAGAAACACGUACGUCUGCAGUGACAGGAACGCCAGUGACCGUCACACUGUCAUCCAGAAUGGGAAGGAGAACAGCCUGACAGAAAUGUCUGCUCGCGCACCUAGCCCCCCGGCGCACGCUCUCGCUCUCGCGGCCUCCUCCGCCUCGGUUCGGCUACGGUCGUCUCUGUCGGCCGCGGUCCACGCCAGCCGCGUCACGCUCCCGCCUGCCGGCAGCCGGGCCGACGUCUUCAGGCCCAACACGACGGCCCCGGCGGCCCAGCGGAACCCGGGCGCCUCCACCCACAGCGUCGGCGGCGCCACGCCCCCGGACCGGCUCCGCUUCCCGCGCGGCACGGCCAGCCGCAGCACCUUCCACGGCGGCCAGCUGAGGGAGCGCCGCACCGCCACCUACAACGGCCCGCCCGCCUCGCCCACCCUCUCCCACGACGCCACGCCCCUCUCUCAGUCGCGCUCCCGCGGCUCCUCCAACCUCUUCACCAAGCUCACGUCCAAGCUCACGCGCAGAGUCCCAGCAGAGUUUGAGAGAAACGGGCGCUUUGAGGGCUCCAGUCGUAACGUAUCUGGGUCAAGUGAUCCCAAGGAAGAGAACAGGGACUCCAAGCCUCGCUCCCUGAGGUUCACCUGGAGCAUGCGGACCACCAGUUCCAUGGAGCCGGGCGACAUGAUGCGCGAGAUCCGCAAGGUCCUGGACGCCAACAACUGUGACUACGAGCAGCGCGAGCGUUUCCUCCUGCUCUGCGUCCAUGGCGACGGCCACGCCGAGAGCCUGGUCCAGUGGGAAAUGGAGGUUUGCAAGCUGCCCCGCCUCUCUCUCAACGGUGUACGCUUCAAGCGGAUAUCUGGGACCUCUAUCGCCUUCAAGAACAUAGCCUCCAAAAUCGCCAAUGAAUUAAAGCUGUAAAAGAGAAAUUCGCAAAUAAAUGCAACAUUUAAAAAAGUGAAAAGCAAUGGGGGAACAUCAAAACAUGUUACUAAAGCUGUACAUUCUUUCAAGUAGCAGUCACAGAAAUGUGUUUUAUUCAAAAAACACAGUGCAUUGAAAAUAAUGUAUAGAAAAAUACUUUAGGCAAUAAUUUCCUGCAUCUUUGAAAUUGUAUUAUUAUUAUUAUUAUUAUUAUGGCAGAGGUUCUGUAGCUGCUGUUGAAGAGACCAUGGGCCGAUGGAUUGAAUAAUUCUAAUUAUUGUAAGUGCACUACAACAACGCCUAUGGGCUCCAGGCAAUUCCCCCAUCCCCCCCCCCCCCAAAAAAAAACAGGGUUAUAAACCCACUUCCCCAGAGAGCGGAGACUGGAACAGCUGGGCUGACACUGGAUCACUGGAGGGGGACGUCACCUCUGUUCAGGCUGUGGGGUUGAAAGGGCAGCCCUGGAAUCACAGGCUUUGAAUUGCACCGCUCCCAUAAUUCCAAUAAAUUCUCUUGGAUUCUCACCCUGAGUUCCCAUAAUUAAGUGCCACCAAGAUAUUACUGGAAUGAUGAAAGUGUUAUUGUAUUAUCAUAUUAUUUCUGAUGAGAAAAGCCACAUUACAUGUGUAUUGGGUGUGGAUAAGUGUGACAGAGCCAGCAUAUCUAACAGCAGCUGGACAGGGCAGAGUAUGUGGAAACUAAACAGGAGCCACAUGGGUGCUGCUGUUUUGAUUGGUUCUGAGGCAGGGGUGUGCAGUGCAGUGCAUCGUGGGCCUUUUAAUUUGGAAAAUGGAGUCAGUCGGACUCCAUUUUGGCCACUUUUGAAUACUUUUUUUUGUACCUCUUCAGUAUGUAUUGCCAUUUGCGAUUUGGUUUAGUCCUUUUGAGAUGGUGUGAGUCAGGUUGGACACGCUGUUCUGGGACAAACUUGCCAUUUAUAAACUUCAGUAUUCUCGUUACAACCCCGAGGAAAGCAAGCACUGUUUUUUUAUUUUCCUUUCUUUUUUGGAAUGUAAAUACUGUAACUUAGUUUUGCAAGAUCUGCAUAUUGUUAUGCUUCCUCCUGUUCUUUUAUAAGUCCUGCUUUGAGCCAGGAACUAUGAAAAUAAUGUAAACCGUCACCGAGAUAAAGGUUACCAGUGUCUCCAUUAAAAACAUCAAACAAUC